AUGCCGUCGGGUCGCAGCAGCGCGCCGCAAGUUAAGCGCUCAGUCUCCUCGCCUCAAACGCCGUCCCCUCAUAACGAGCACAUACCUACGUCUCCCAACCUGCUCGCCCAGCCGCAUAAAUCGGCGGCUGCUCAUAAAGCUCAUAGGCCACACGUGGUGGGAGCGCAACGCGCGCAUGGCCGUAACAUGUCGCAGAUGAACCUGAACAAACUGCAGAGGCUGGCUGUUGCACAUAACGUCACAGGCGACCUCCACGGAGGACAAGAAGCGCCAGCAACGGGCCGGCGACAGCAUAUGCGGAAGAAAUCCGCGCCGUCGUCCCCUGCAACGAGUCCGAAGACAGGCCACCACGUUCGGUGGAAUGGCUCUGCGGUUGCCUUGGGCGGCGUCUCCUCUAACCCUUCUAUGAGAAAGAAUCUCUCCACGCCAGUCCUGAAACGAGAAGGCUCAGCCGGCAAUAUUGUUAAAAAGGGGCAUCUCUUGGGUGAACUCACCAAGAUUGAAAAGCCCGAAGAAAAGAAGACUGUCGGCUUUGAACUUGCCGGCUCAGACGAGGAGGAAGAUGAUGAAUGGGAAGACCAUAGCUCACCAUCGACAGCCAGCACGAGGCGGAAUUCGCUAGUAUCCGGAGGAAAGGUCGGCAACGGCGACGGAGCCCAACAGAGCACAUUGACAUUCACCAAGUCUCCACUAGUUCAGCAAAACAAUGCAGCAGAUAUGAAGCCAGAACCAAAAGAAGAGACGACGCCAUCAGCAGAGGCGCGCACUGGUCCUACUACAUCUAACGACGCGCCGGUUCAACCAGCCGAACAGCAGAAUGAUGUAACCCAACGACUUCUCUAUCGCCAGCACUCAGGAAUGGUACCUCCUGCAAUAUCCUCUAUUUCAGCCACCGCGACCCAGGCGCCGCCAGAACGAAGCUCCAGAGUAUCGUCUUUCGCCAAUUUAUCGAGCCUAGGCGGGAUAAACCAACCUGACUCGCGUGCCACCGAUAGAGAGGAGCCCCAAAGAUUCAGCCCUAAUACUACCUCUUCGUCGACCGAGGCAGGAGUCUCCCGUUUCCUGAUUAACCACGCGAAUGGGAGUCAACCUGGCGGCCGGUCCGAGUCGGACUUCUCUACCCCUUCCUCCUUUCUCCCUCACUAUCAACCGCGCACUCCCCCUUCUCCGGAAGCAGCAAUCUCCAAAGCGCUCAAAUCACCAACAUCUCGUCGUCGCCCGGCAGAACCGCAUUCCCGUACCCAACAAAAACUUUGGCUCCAAAGAACAGCGACACUCUCAACCUCGCCAUCCGAGUCCUCGAUCGGGCCUAUGGCGCCUGCUAUAGCUGCUCCAGUAAAUGACCCAAAUACCGCCCAUCCACGACUUGUCAACGAUCCCCAUCGUGCUCCCGCUACUUCAGGUGGGUUCGCAGGCGGACCUUCGACGGAGGGCGAGUCUAAGAGGACAAAGAAGGUGUAUGAGCGGUUCACAGCGGAAUUUUCGGUCAUGCAUCGUUUCCGAACUCCAGUCGUGGAUAGUCUGAAUCGGAUCUACGAUAUGACCAAACCACCACAGGGGCAGGAUGGAGCAUCACAACCAAGCACCUCUACCCCGGGCCUAUUGAACGCUGGUGAAAACCAUAACGAGUCUUCGCAAACACGUAAUGGCAGCCAUACGCCGAAUAAUCCGUCAAAACAAGGGAAGCAUGGCUCAGUCCGAUUCCAAAACCAAGGCGACAUGGUCAAUAUAGUGGAUGCUGGCCAGCAGGAACAACAGGGUCGACAACAGUCCAAUCGUGAUGAUAUUGAUAGUAGCGGCUAUAACGAGGAUUCGGACGAUCUUAACGAUGAUGCACCCCCUCACGAAAGCAAUGGCAAUAUUUCGCAUGCUGCAAAUAACGGCUAUCAGCUUACUGAAGAAGAGCUGCUAGUGCGGCGUAUGUGGAAUAGCCGCGAGGUCGCUGUCCCAGGCGAUUAA